GCCAAUGAACCAUGAUUUUGGACUGUGGGCGGAAGCCGGAGAACCCGGAGAGAACACACGCAAACUCCACAAAAAAAGGAACCUAUGCCGCCUCCGGGAAUCGAACACAAGACCUUCGCACUAUGAAGCAACGGUACUAACCACCAGACCACUGUACCGCCCACUGGAAUGACCCCAUAUUUUUACUUGUUUUAUAGAGUUUUCACUGUUUCUGUCGAAUAUCGUUCAUUCAGUGGUCUUAAAACUGAACAAGUCAAUAAUUUAGACAUUUUCACAGAUAUGAUCUCAUUGUUAGGAUUGAUUUUCCUUUAUCGCGUCUAGUUAAACGUUGCUGCACUGUGACAAAAACAAGGCUCGUCCGUAAAACGCCUAUUGUCUGACUUUCUGGUUGAUCAGGUUUAGGUGUGGUUGGAAAACCUAGAAACUGAACUGCUGUUUGCAGCUGGAACAAACACGUUACUGUGACAAAGGAGACGCGUUUCCUCUGUGCAGAAGUGAAGUUUUCAAGCAUUAGAAACCGAGUCAAAUGUUUGGUGGAGAUUAAUCUUGUAAAGCUAACAUUUACAUCUGUGCCUUUUUUCUUGAUCCCGUUCAAUUUUAUGCCUUAAAUUCCUUAAAGGGCCACUUCACCUAUUUCUAAGCAACUUCUAAAGUCAGUGGGACAAGAAGGAGUGCACAAAACCUUGAAUGUUAGGAAGGUUUGAAAACAACUGAUAUGAAGUUACUUAACUGAAAUCACAGAAAGUAAGUAAUACAAGACAAACAGACAAUCACAGUACACGAUAAUGUUUGAAUAUAAUGUAAAAACACAGCUUUUGAAGAGAUUCUUCUCAUGAUCGUAAACUAGGCACUUCCUGAAACUCUGUGUGAGAACAGUGUGAGAGGCCAUGUGUUUUUAAUAUCAAGUCUCAGCCUGUGUUUUCCUGGAAGCUCAAAAGCUCCACCCCGUGAAGCACAUUUUUCCUCACAGUGUGGACGCAGAGCAUAGAGACAGCACCAGUGACGCCUGCUGCCGUCUUGGAGUCGUGAAUAUUUUCUAGGAACGCAGCCAUUUUCGCCCUCACCGCGGUGCCACCGUCAUGCCUUCUCUCCUGGUUCUGUCCAGACUCCAGAUUCUGGGUGCGGUGCUCGGCUCCAUCGGGUGGAUGGGAACCAUCAUCAGCUGUGGUUACCCCAUGUGGACGGUCGGUGUUUUUCUGGGGUGCAGUCCCACACCUUCCCGCCCCUAUUGGGAAGGCCUGUGGAUGAGCUGUGAGGUCGAGAGCACGGGUCAGAAGCACUGUAAGGUUUACAGAUCCUUGCUGGCGCUGACCGAUCAAAUGCAGGUCGCCAGAGCCAUGGUGGUGGUCUCCGUGGUCGCGGGGGCGGUCGCCGUCCUCAUGGCCGCGAUCGGAGGGAAAUGCCCGUGCCUGGAGGACAAGGUUGUCAAAGCCAAAGUCAGCAUCGCGUCCGGUGUGACCUUCAUAGCAUCGGCCCUGCUGAUCAUAAUCCCAGUGUCAUGGAUUGCUUGUUCCGCGCUCACAACCCCCAUGAGGUUGGGUUCUGUGAAAAGGGACCUCGGGACUUCUCUUUAUAUCGGAUGGGCGUCUGGAGCGCUGCUGCUGCUGGGAGGGAGCCUGAUCUGCCUAAGAUGCCUUCCAAACCAUGAGAGACCCUACAAGUUCACUACUUUCACUUCUAGCGCGAGCGAUGUGUGAGGGGUUCGGCCGCAGCUUCAGCAGAAUCAUGCUCUAAGGUUCAGUCACAUGUUGUUGCUAAAGCUGAAGGACGAAGGAAAAGGAAACUCAGUGACAUACUGUAUAACUGUAACUGUGUGGCUCUAUCAAAGGUGGUGCAUCUUUUCAUGUGAAUCUUUAUCUUUCUCUGAUUUCUUGUUACCAAUAGUUCAAAUAUUAAAUAGAUUGAACUACUCAUCUGUGCUUUGCUUUGAUAUGUACGAAUUGAAAUGCUGACAUUUGGAAAUGAGUCUGUUGAAUAAUUAUAAAAUAAUCAUUGCUCAACCUCA